AUGAAAUCCUCAAAGACAUCGUCGGGGGCUGUAAAUAACGUCAGCGCGAAUAAGAUUGCAAAUGGUUUUCCCGAUUUUCAUCACAAGAUGAGCAAGAAGAUUGCUCAACUUACUAAAGUUAUUUAUCAUUUGAAUACAAAAAAUGAUGAUCAUGAAUUUCAAUUAAACUCUUUGGCGGAUGCGUAUGAAUCCGAGAUUGAAGAUAUUAUUAGAGACACAACAGCAAAACUGGCCAUGUUUCGGGAUCAAAUUGAAAAAAAGAAUAAUGACACCAAAAUUACAGACAUCGUAAAGACACUCACCACAAAACAUAAUCAAGAACGACAAAAGGCGAUGGACGAAUUUGAGGAGUUCAAACGAAAAGCUAAAGAGAGAGAGGAAAUUCUUAAAAGAGAGUAUGAAGAAAAAGUCAAAGAUCUGACGAGGACUCUUCAGAAUGCCAAAGACGAGUUCAAUCAACGACUCACUAGGUUUACAACUCUCACGGAGGAGCUUGAAAAAAACAAAAAUAAGGGUGACGCCGAUAUGAGACUUCAACACAACAAAGAAGUGGAAGAAUUAGUACAAACUUAUAACAAAAAGUACAACGAUAUGCUCACUAGAAUGCUCAACGAGCAAGAACAAUUACGAGCAGAAUUGGAAAAACAAUUCAAUGAGCGAGUCGAGAAAAUGAAAUCUGAUGAAAAAACUAGAAUUGCAGCCUUGCUAGAAGAGGAAGCCCAAAAACGAAAAAAAGCACUUGAACAACAACGAGAAGAAUUUGACAUACGACUUUCCUCUACAAAUGAAAUAAUUGCAAGACUGAACAAAGAGCUAGAAUCUUUGAGGCAAACUGAAGCAGGGCUCAAUGGAAAAGUUAGUCAACUCACGCGUGAUGUACAGGAUAAAGAUGAUAUGAUUCAACGGCUGUCAAAAGCAAAACAGCAUUUAGAAACGCAAAUAGAGAGUCUAAAUUCAACGAUAUUGUCUUUAAGAUUGGAUCUCAACAAGAAGGAUGAAGAUAUCAAAGCAUGGGAGCAAGAGGUGACAGACCUCAAAAAACUGUUGCAAGAUGCAAAGGAUUCUCAUGGAAUGUCACAAUCUGCUCUUCUCACUCAAGUAGAGGAUUUGGAAAAGCAACUCAAAACCAAACAAACUGAAGCAAAAUCACUCGAACAACAACUAAACUCGCUGAGACAAUCUUUAACACAAAACGCCUUAUCCAUCGACGAGAAAGACAAACUGAUAACAAGCCUGCAUUCUCAGUUAAAUGACAAAGAAAAGAUAAUAUCUGACUUGAAAAAGAAGGAGCAUGUGCUGAUGCAUGACAUUGAAAACAUGAAAAUUGAACACAAGAAUGAAAAAAGCUUUAUGGAAAAGAAAUUCUCAGAAGAGCUCGAAAAACUGAAAAAGAUGUACGAGGAUAAGAUACAACUUAUCAAAAAAGAUCAAGAAGAGUCCUUGAGUAACAUAAACAAGAGUUCAAGUCAACAGCUACUCGAACUGAAACAAAAAUUGAUGGCUGAAUUUGACGCUGAGAGAAAACAACUGCAGUCGGCGAUUGAGCAGAAAAAGAGGGAAUAUGAGGAACUUUCAGCAAAAUCAAAACAAGAACUGAGCCAAAUUCAAAAGCAAAUCGAAGAGCUUGCUAUCAGCUCUCAAAACAAUUACAAGCAAUUGAAAAAGGAUAUGACAGAUAUCAUCGACGAGCGUGACUUAGAAAUAGCUAAUUUAAAAACGCAGAUACAACAAAUGUCUCGUGAUAGCAACACUUCCUUGGAGGAUCUUCAUUCCAAACUGCAAGAAGCUGGAAAACGUGAAGCUCAGCUUAAUCAAAAAUUAGAGCUCUUAACGCAAAAAGUUCUUGACGAAAAACUGAGAGUGGAAACUCUUCAAAAAGAAAUCAGGGAUCUAGAAAAUAGGCUAGCAUUAACGAUAGAAAAAGGAAAGGAAGAGUUAAGAAUAGCUGCAAACAACAAAGCGAAGGAAAUGUCAGAACUUAAAUUUAACUUGGAAAAUCAAUUUGACAAAAGGCUUUCUGACGAGUUAAAAAACCUACGAACUGAAUUAACAGAGUUAUUUGACGGUGAGAAAAAGCGAUUGAUCAAAGAAUUACAAGAGAAUGGCCAAAAUGAGAAGGAGCUCGUGGAGAAACUAUGGCAAGCAAAGGUAGAUCAGUUGCAAAAAGAAAUUUCCACUCUCCAAAAGAAAAUAUCUGAUCUUGAGGCAGAAAUUUUACGAAAGACUGAAGACAUCCAACUAAUGCUUUCCAACCACAACAAUUCGAUGGAGAAGAGCGAGUUGGAUAAAAUUGAGUCGUUACAGGCUCUUGAAAGACAAAAAGAAAUGGAAAAACAAGCUCUAAUUGAAUCAUAUGAAGCUACGAUAACUGACCUUCACAGAGAAAUUAAAAACAGAGAAAAUGAAAUUCAACAGAGAUUGGGUGACAUACAACAAUUGAAAUCCCAAAUACAAGAAGGGAUUGGAAGAGAACAAGAUUUAGCGCGACAAAUGGACAAGUUACGAGAAGAUCACAAACAAAAUAUUCAGAAUAUGGAAGGAAAGCACCAACAGGAGCUAGACAAAGCCAAACAAAGAGAACAACAAUCCAUUGAAAAUUUAACAAAAGAAAACAAGCUGAAAAUGGAAGAGCUCAUCAAGUCCUAUAAUGAAAAGUUGUACGAGUCAGAAGAGUCCUUGAAGAACAAAUUCCUAGCAGAAAGGGCUCAAUAUCUAGAUAAAUUAGACAAAAAACAGGCAGAGUUCGACGAUUAUGUUCGGAAGUCUCUCAAAGAUUUUAAUGAAAUGCAAAAUCAAAUGACAGAAGAGUCCAAGAAGAGAGAAAAACAAUUGAUAGAGGAAUACAAACGAAAAAUUAACGACAUUAUUGAAGAAAAUAUUAAGGAAACUCAAAGUUUGCAACUCGAGUUCAGCAGAAGCCAAACACUCAUGGAAGAAAGAAGUGCCAAUUUAGAGCAAAAGAUCAGAGAAUGGGAAUUUAAAUAUCAAAAUAGAGAGAGUAGACCAGAAGAUAUUGAAACAAUUAAGGUUCUUCAACAAGGUUUAGCUGAAAAGGAAGCUCUUCUUCAAAAGACAAUUCGAGAUAUGAAAUACUACAAAAUGGAGUUGGUGAAUAAGGAAGAAAUUUACAACAAAACAUUUGGUAGACAACCGAAUAUUGGAGUUAUUAAUCCAUUAGCAGCAAAGCAAACACCACCUAACAUGCAACCAACGUCAACAACACAAAAGAAGCCAGGACAAGUUCCAACAAGUUCCAAGCUUCCUCCUCUAGAUAAAGGUAAUAUCGAGAACAACGCUCCUGCCACAGGACUAUUAUUCAGAAGCAACUCAACUUACAAGAAAUAA